GCUGGCACAGGCGGGUUUUCAACGUUCUUUAAUGACGUAGAUUGGAAAAUAACUGUGAAAUUUAUAAAGGAACGGAAGUUUCUUUAAUUAUUUUUCGUGGAUUUUAGUGAAAUCAUGGGUCUGCCUGACAAAUACUUCGUUUGCAGCAAAACGAGAGUUCUAAUCGGCGUUGUUGUGGCUAUCGUGAUAUUGAUUGUCGGUCUUGCUAUAGGCUUGAACGUCAAGAAGUACCAAGCCGAGAAAAAUCUGCCAUACGCCACGGAGAAAUGGGAGCUGCCAACUGAGUAUCGCGCCCGAAGACCCAAAGGUAUCGAUAUCUACAAAGACAUGCUGUAUUUGACUCCUAGCGGAGAUGAAAUCGGUCACGCAAGAAAAUGUGUCUCCUGUACCUGGAGUGUGUAUAUGUUGAACGAGGACGAAGAGAUAGCGGUUGUGAUUAAGAAGAAGAUUUGGAGUUGGACAGACAAGUACGAUAUUGAAGAACAGUGGAAAACCAACUCGACUAGUUACAGGAUCGAAUACAGUUGGAGCGGUUCAGGAAUUACCAAAGAGGUUUAUGUCAUCAAGAAUUCCGAUGGCGACGAAAUUGCCCGCACUGAUCGUUUCCGAUUGGAGAGAGAUGUGUGCCCAAAGAAAGACCCCAGUAAGCAUUGUGUGACCAGACAAUCUCAUGUGACCUAA